GAAAUAGUAGAAGUGUUUGGUUGGUGGUAUAUUCUCCGUCUCUUCCCACCUCACUAUAUAUUUUGAAGUAAAAGGGAAACAAAACAAACAAGUCAGUCACUCAAAGUCUCUCUCUCCCACAUUCACCAAACUCUUUGCACAUAAUACCUAACGCCAUGGAUUCAGAUUUCGGAAUUCCCAGAGAACUCUCUCCUCUUCAGCAACUCCGAUCUCAGUACCAGCCCGAGCUCCCUCCUUGUCUCCAGGGAACUACUGUUCGCGUGGAGCUUGGUGAUGGAACCACUGUGGCAGAAGCUACUGAUUCGCAUAUCAUGGCUCGCGCCUUCCCACACACCUUAGGCCAGCCUUUGGCUCACUUCCUCAGGGAAACUGCCAAAGUUUCUGAUGCUCACAUCAUUACUGAGCUUCCAUCAGUUAGAGUCGGAAUCGUGUUUUGUGGAAGGCAAGCUCCGGGUGGACACAAUGUCAUAUGGGGUCUUUACGAGGCUCUUAAGGUCCACAACGCAAACAGCACUUUGCUUGGCUUUUUGGGUGGUUCGGAAGGUCUCUUUGCGCAAAAGACUCUGGAGAUCACAGAUGAUGUACUCCAGACUUACAAAAACCAAGGUGGUUAUGAUUUGCUCGGAAGAACCAAAGAUCAGAUCAGAACCACUGAGCAGGUUAACGCUGCACUCAAAGCUUGCACAGAUUUGAAGUUAGAUGGCCUUGUUAUCAUUGGAGGUGUAAUAUCAAACACUGAUGCGGCUCACCUUGCUGAAUUUUUCGCUGAAGCAAAAUGCUCAACAAAGGUAGUUGGUGUUCCAGUUACUACAAAUGGAGAUCUCAAGAAUCAGUUUGUGGAGGCAAACGUUGGUUUUGAUACCAUAUGCAAGGUGAACUCUCAGCUCAUUAGCAAUGCCUGUACUGAUGCUCUGUCUGCAGAGAAGUAUUAUUACUUCAUCCGUCUGAUGGGUCGGAAGCACUCUCAUGUUGCCCUUGAGUGCACACUCCAGUCUCAUCCAAACAUGGUUAUUUUGGGCGAGGAGGUUGCAGCAUCUAAGCUCACCAUUUUUGACAUUUCAAAACAGAUCUGUGAUGCUGUUCAAGCAAGAGCAGGACAAGACAAGAACCAUGGAGUCAUCCUCAUUCCUGAAGGGAUCAUAGAGAGUAUUCCUGAAGUCUACGCUCUGUUAAAGGAAAUUCACGGGCAUCUUAGGCAGGGUGUAGCUGCUGAUAAGAUCUCUACUCAGCUCUCACCUUGGUCAUCUGCUUUGUUUGAAUUUCUUCCUCCGUUCAUUAAGAAACAGCUACUUCUCCAUCCCGAGUCUGAUGAUUCUGCUCAGCUAUCCCAGAUUGAGACGGAGAAACUUCUUGCGUAUCUUGUGGAGACCGAGAUGAACAAGCGCUUGAAAGAAGGCACAUACAAGGGGAAGAAAUUCAAUGCUAUAUGUCACUUCUUUGGAUACCAAGCUCGUGGAUCUCUUCCAUCUAAAUUCGAUUGUGAUUACGCCUACGCGAUGAUGACGGUGAAGCAUUGGUCCCAAAAUGCUAGUUCCACUUCAACUUCAAUCGGUAGACCUGCAAUUCAUCCGGCUAUGGUGGAUCUGAAAGGCAAAGCAUACGACCUAUUGAGACAGAACGCACAAAAGUUCUUGAUGGAAGAUCUGUACAGGAACCCAGGACCGCUUCAGUAUGAUGGUCCUGGCGCUGAUGCUAAAGCAGUGAGCCUCUGUGUUGAAGAUCAAGAUUACAUGGGACGUAUCAAGAAGCUGCAGGAAUAUCUAGACCAGGUGAGGACGAUAGUGAAGCCAGGAUGCUCUCAAGACGUAUUGAAAGCAGCACUGAGUGUGAUGGCUUCGGUGACUGAUGUUCUUACGACUAUCUCUUCAUCUUCAACUGUUGGUGGUCAACAAUUUGCUUAAAUCGCCAGAGUCAACUCUCUCUUAUAAAAGCUUUCAUGAUCUUUUGCAUCCUUCCACAUUUCGUGUUUCUUGUUCUCCUUUUUUGUUUGUUUGUUCUUUUGCUAUGUAACUUUUGUUGUUGUUUUUAAAAGUUGUUGAAUUCGAAAAGAGAGAACAAAGUUUUGGGAUUAUAGAGUUUCAUUUGUAUUUUCGACUUAAGUCUUUUUGUUCUUUUUUAUCUCAAGAGACUGAAAUAAUUCUCAUAUUGUACAAGAAUCUUAAAUUUGACCUGUCUUUUCCAAAAAUAUAGCUUGGUUAACUAGUACUUGAAAGUUUGUAAAGUUUUCACGAUUUCAUUCUUUAAUG